GGGAGAAGCUUAGGGGUGUUUGGGGUCCUCGAGGACAAUGAAUGUUGUGGAUCCAUGUUUUGUUUGCACACCAGUAGUAUUUGGCUUUCCAUUGCCAAUCAGCUAUUGUCCGCGGGUGGUGCUACAGCGUGGCCAGUCGUCUUUUGUCUACGGAGUACUCUUAAGUACUCCCAAGCCAACAGGAAAUGUCUCCUCACCGUUGAGCUAGUCUCGCGUCUCCUUGUAUCGAAGAAGAAAAAAGCACUUCACCUUGUCUUUCUCGGACUCUUCGUUCAUAACUACUCGGAAUACCCCAUAUUUGCAUUUUGCAGGAGUUAUUAAUCGGCCGUUGAUCAGCUGCUCGUUCCUUGUACUUUUUUCAGUGCGACAGUAAUACUUGGUAACCGGAUAAGUCCGCUACUCCCCUUUCCA